GUGGCUGCGCAUGAGCAGUGAGCAGCCGGAGGAAGCCUGAGUACUGUGCUUGCAUCGCCUGGCGGGUUCGGGCGGCUUCCUGGCGCUUCUCCUGCGGCACAUAGUAGCGAGAGGAACAUAUAAAUAGCUAAAUAUCUGAAGGACCCCACUGGAAUCUGAACCAUGAGCCUUCAUAUUCAUCAAGACAAGUACCGGGACCUUGAUGAAGAUGAGCUGCUUCGUAACCUGUCUGAAGCUGAUCUAAAACAACUAGAAACUGUUCUAGAAGAUUUGGAUCCUGAUAACGCACUGCUGCCAGCAGGCUUACGGCAAAAAGACCAGACCUCUAAGGUGCCCACAGGACCUUUUGACAGAGAUAGUCUACUGGAAUUCUUGGAGAAGGAUGCACUCUCUAAGAAAGACAGGGAGGACUAUGUGCCAUUUACUGGAGAGAAAAAAGGGAAAAUAUUCAUUCCAAAACAAAAGCCCUUGGACUUCCGUAAAGAUGAAAACAUUUCUCUCGAUCCAGAACUGGAAGAGGCAUUGACUAGUGCUACUGAUACAGAGCUGUGUGACCUUGCAGCUAUCCUUGGAAUGCCCAACCUAUUGCCAAGCAGUGGAACCAGCAACGGUUAUGAUAGUCAAGGGUUCCCCAAUGUUGUCAAAGCAGAACCUGUUAGGCCCAUUUUUGAUGAGCCUCCAAAUCCCACCAAUGUGGAAGAGACCUUGAAAAGAAUAAGAGACAAUGAUCCACGCUUGACUGAGAUUAACUUGAACAAUAUUAAGAAUAUACCUAUUCCAACAUUGAAAGAUUAUGCUAAGGCAUUAGAGAAAAACACCCAUGUCAGAAUAUUUAGCAUUGCAGCAACAAGAAGCAAUGAUCCUGUAGCUGUGGCAUAUGCUGAUAUGCUGAAAGUAAACAGAACUCUGAGAAGUUUUAACAUUGAGUCUAAUUUUGUCACUGGAUCUGGAAUAUUGGCCUUGGUAGAAGCACUGAAAGAAAAUGAAACCUUGCAAGAGAUCAAAAUUGAUAAUCAGAGACAACAACUAGGAACAGGAGUGGAAAUGGAAAUAGCACGUUUGCUUGAGGAAAACUCAACAAUUCUAAAGUUCGGCUACCACUUUACGCAGCAGGGACCACGGACAAGGGCAGCAUCUGCAAUAACAAAGAAUAAUGAUCUUGUGCGAAAACGGAGAGUUGAAGGGGACCGUGAAUAAACAUUAAACCAACCAGGAAACAUUGUUCGGAGAUUUCAAGGUCAUCCGUGGAUGAUCUUCUCCAUUUGGGGUUAUUUGUCACGGACUUCAUUGGGCUGGGAAGAAGGGAAGAUACUGGAAAACUGCAAACCAAUAUCUGAUUAUUCUUGGCAUUCUUUAGUCAUUGUGGAAAACGUAGCAUCUAUACUAGAAUUCAGAGCCUUUCCCCAAGAAUGUAACAUUCCAUAUAAAGUGAAGCCAUGAGGAAAGUGUAGGAAAUCUAUCCUGGCUAUAUCAGUGUUCAGAUCACUGUUAGAAAUUAUUUUCUUGUAAAGGAAAAUGUUUGCUUAAGAGAUGCCCAGUAGUUUGUUUACCUGUUUGGAGGUUAAAGGGAAUGUCUUCAAGAGAAAUAAUUAAAAAAUAGAAUAUAGCCUAUAGUGUUUUUACAUAGGGUUACAUAUGAAUUUAGCCUCCUUUGCCUAGACUGCAAGGGUAAUAGUACAUAGGAGUUUUGUUUUGGCUGCAAGUGUCAGGGAAAUGUCAGCAAGACAAAUAGCAUAGAAUAAUAUUAGUCUAAGAAAUCUCUCUGCAGAUUGCUGUUGUUGGGGUGAUUAAAGCGAAUAAUGAUGGCAUCCAAUAAAUGAAUGCUCAGCUGCAGGCGCAAAACCGCAAAGGUUGUUUUUAGGAUAAAAUUCUAAGCUUUGUGUCCCGGAUGCUGCCCUGAGACAGCACAUAAGAAAUCUUCUCAUGUACCAUGGGCCCCAAGGCAUUAACUUGUACUUGCUCACAUACAGAAAACAUUCCAGUGCAUAUCUACAUUUAUACAUAACUGCAGGUUACAGACAACAAUAGGAAAGGCACCUAAUCUAUAUGACCACUAGAUGUGCUUUUGCUAUUGUCUUUAGAAAAUUAUCAUGGAACAAGCACUGUGUCAGUUCCCACUGUGCGUACAGUAAGCUACACUAUAAUGUGUAAGGGAACAUAAUCAAAAUACAGACUUAGAAUUGCUAAUAAGUCAUUUUGUUCCCCUGUAACUGAAGACUCAGACUGAAGAAAUCAGGUCCAUUUUAUGAUCAAUUCACUCCUAGACUGCAACACAAAUAGUAAUCCCUUAAUAAGCACUCUUGUGAUUCUGAUAGCUCAUUGCUAAUGAACCACCAUACAAAAUCUGACUUUGUAUCACUCCUUCAUUUUUGAGCUGCAAAAAUUAUUUUCUUUACUUUGCAAACUUUAUUGCCAAGAGUUAUGCAUUGCUUUUCUCCAUGAUUUUAUUUGUAACUAGAGAGAGGCGCUUCUGUCAGACAUUCAUGGAUACUGUUGGAUACUGUUAUUAGAGUGUAAACCAGGAAUAUCCAUCCUUUGCACCUACAGCUGCUAUUGCACUACAGUUCCAUGGAGGUGGGGGCACAAGGUUCCAGAAUAUGUAGUCUAGCUCUUGAAUUGAUUGGUUCAGCAGUAGGCAGGGAAACCAUUUUUAAAUGGCUGUAAUGUUUUGUUAGGCCCACAAAGGAGUCUUUAACUCAUAACAGUUUAGAUUCUGCCAAAAUACUCAGGGGUUUCUUGCGUAGACAAUACCCUGCUGUCUCUUUCAGGGAAAUAAAUUCUACCAAAAAAUGUUUAGCUACUCCAUUGCAACAGUGUAUGUAUACUAAUUAUGGAAGGGAUGGGCAAACUUUCACCUAGCUGUAACUACCAGCAGCUCAAUUGGUGGGGAAAAUACCAAAGUCUGCUUGUCCCUUUAUAAUCCUAAACAGAGGACAAUUGCACUAUAACAUGAAAGGUGCAGAAUACAGACAACAACAAGCAUGCAAGCAUAUGACACAUACUAUAUUGUUAACUGAAUAUAUUUCUCUGAAAAGCAUUCACUCUUAGAAACUGUUAGUUACACAAACUACAUUGCAUUGAGUGUUGCAAACACCAUUCCUGACUUUAAAUGCUGAAUGUAGAUAUGGUUUAUCUUGUAUUGUCUUGCUAUAUAACCCGUUUGUCAUUUAUCUGAGUUGUGCCAAACAUUGUUUUCUGGCUAUAUAUAUCUUAUGUAAAAAAUUAUGCAAUUUUUUUUCUGUCUGAAACCUUCUUUUUUGUUAACGUUUUCUUUCUUUUUUUUUUUUGAAUAAAAAACUUUUAUACAAAA